AUAGCCCCAGGAAGCCGGCCCUGGGCUGCGGGGAGACUGCGUUGGUUGGCGCUGCCCUCCAGGAGCGCCGACUUGGCACCAGAGCUCCUACCUCCUCCCCAUUCUGCAGCCGUUCUAGCAGACCCCAGGGGCUGUGAAGUCCGAUGGGACAAGCCCCAGACCUUCACUCAGCCCUUCGAGCUUCCCAGCCACCCCCAGAUCCCGUACUCCCAACGCCCACCCCAGCCUGUCCCGAGUUUUCUCCGAGCUUCGGUGUCCGGUUACGGCUCCCCACUUCUCACUGUGACUUUGGCCCAGCUAGGGAAGUGGCCCAGAAGGGUCCCGUGCGGCUGCAUAAAAUUGGCAGCUUUAGACCUGGAGGGAGGGGGUUGUGUUCGACGUCGAGAGGCGGGGAGAGGGGGCGGAGGAGUUGUUCUCCGACUGCAAGUCCGUGGGUUCUCUCAGAGAUCCUCAAGCCGGAGCAGAGGUGGCUGGCAGGCCCAGCCGGUGGCUGGCCUCUGCUUUCUUUCCACAAACUGCUUUUUCGGACUGGAGCUAGGCUGCUCUGAAGGGCUUAGUCCUGGACACCAGGGUGCCACGAACGCGCUGAUGCCCGGAGUGCUCGCAGGGCUUCCAGCUAACCAUGCCACCGCCACCCGCUGCUGCCCUGGCUCUGCCCUCGCUACUGCUGCUGCUGCUGCUGCUACGGACGCCGCCCCCGACAGGCGCGCGGCCGUCCGCAGGCCCCGAUUACCUGCGGCGCGGCUGGCUGCGGCUGCUGGCGGAGGGCGAGGGCUGCGCUCCCUGCCGGCCAGAAGACUGCGCCGCGCCGCGGGGCUGCCUGGCCGGCCGGGUGCGCGACGCGUGCGGCUGCUGUUGGGAAUGCGCCAACCUCGAGGGCCAGCUCUGCGACCUGGACCCCAGCGCCCACUUCUAUGGGCGCUGCGGCGAGCAGCUUGAGUGCCGGUUGGACGCAGGCGGCGACCUGAGCCGCGGAGAGGUUCCGGAGCCUCUGUGUGCCUGCCGCUCGCAGCGCCCGCUUUGCGGAUCCGACGGCCGCACCUACGCGCAGAUCUGCCGCCUGCAGGAGGCGGCCCGUGCUCGGCCGGACGCCAACCUCACUGUGGCGCACCCGGGGCCCUGCGAAUCGGAGCCUCAGAUCCUGUUGCACCCAUAUGACAUUUGGAACGUGACGGGGCAGGACGUGAUCUUUGGCUGUGAGGUGUUUGCAUACCCCAUGGCAUCCAUCGAGUGGAGGAAGGACGGCUUGGACAUUCAGCUACCAGGGGAUGAUCCCCACAUCUCAGUGCAGUUCAGGGGUGGACCCCAGAGGUUUGAGGUGACAGGCUGGCUACAGAUCCAGGCUGUGCGUUCCAGCGAUGAGGGUAUCUACCGCUGCCUGGCCCGCAAUGCUCUGGGCCAGGUGGAGGCCCCAGCUAGCCUGACAGUGCUCACACCAGACCAGCUGAACUCCACAGGCAUCCCCCAGCUGCCAUCCCUGCAUCUGGUUCCUGAGGAGGUUGAGAGUGAAGAGGGAGAAGAUUAUUACUAGGUCUGGAUCCCUGGCCUAUGGGGAUGGGGGAAUGGGGGAUAGUAUUAAUCCCUGCUCUUGAAAAGACCUAAAAGGGGGAGCAGGGCUCUUUCAUUGCUUUCAUGCCCUUAAUAGGGGAGACCUGGUGGUGGUUAAGUAGGGAGACAAAAGUUGGAGGAGAGUAAGGAAAGAGGUAAAGGAGAGGGGAGGUGGGAAGCCGAAGGGCCCAUGGAGGAGGUGCCCUGGCCAGGACAAUCUCCAGUGUGGACCAACCAGGCAGAAGACAGCAGCUGCCUGCUAAUCCCCAGGGUGGGAGUAUUAUGGGGUGCAGAGCAGACACAAAGAGGCAGCCAGGAUCCUCCUCUUCUUUCUGACAGCCCUCCCUCUAGCCCUGCUCAGCCAGUCUUCCUAACUACCCUUUACCACAGCUCCUGCUGUUGUUUUUCUAGUCCUAGUCCCUAACCUUUGCCUAGCCUUGGUUUACCCUUCCUCAAAACUCAUCUAGAAAUUCUCCCCCUCACCUAAGUUCCAAUUGCACUUACUAACCGCAGUCCUCUUUGCUAUUGGGCAUCUGUUGUCUGGAAAAGCAUAACGGAGCAUGAUUUAGUCCAGGCAUUUGGUCAUGCCUAACUUCUCCUGUCAUUCUGGAAACUCUGUGAGGCCAGCACCAUAUACCACUCUGUAUUGGACAAUGCCUAGCACAAGACUAGGCACAGUAGGCACACAAUAAAGAUUUAUGAACAAACUGA